AUGCGCCCCAAGCUCACUAAACGUGCCUGCGACGAGUGUAUAUCCCGCAAGGUAAAAUGCAGCGGUGCCUGGCCCUGCCAAACCUGCCAGUACGCCGCGACCCGAGUGUCUUGCACAUACUUGAGACCCGCGCGGCGACGGGGCCCCAAAGUGCGACGGCGUGCCGGUGGGGGCCAGUCGGACCCGGAUGCGCUCGUAUCGGCAUCGGCGUCCUCCAACACUAUGAUCAGCAACAGUGCCGAGCCUGCCGAGAAUCCUCAGACUCAAGAGGACUUGGAACCCGAACAUGAGCACAUCGCGGAAAAUAGUUCCGGAUUGACGAGCGAUGACCCCUUGUGGAGGAUUCCCCCAUCGACGCUGAUCUCCGUGGUGCGUCGGUUUCAGCAGUCCUCGUAUAGCGUGUGGCCUGUUGUCAAUGCGGAGGCGCUGCUGCGGACAAUCGAAUUAGGGCGGUAUGAUGUGAGCACGUAUUGUCUGGCCACGGCAUUAUGUGCGGCGACGAUGGCUCAACUGCAGCUGGGGCCCAUUGGGAAUGACGUUGUGGACUGUGGGGCCAUGGCGACGGAAUGUAUGAGGCUGCGCGAAGAGACGGGGUAUAGGGAUCAUCCGGACUUGAGGAGUGUGUUUGUUUCGUUCUUCCUGCAUGUGUAUCAUGCGAAAAUCAACCGGCGUAAUUCGGCAAUGAUGUUCAUACAAGAGGCGAUUUCUGGCGCGAGGCUGUUGAGAUUGGAUUCAGAUGAUGCAGCGGGGGCGCGACGGAGUCCACAGGACGAUGUUAUCGAAAAUGAUGAGAUUUUGUUCGUUUUAUUGUGGGUUUCUGAGAGAGGCUAUGCUAUACACCUUGGUCUUGCGCCUUCUUAUACCAAUCCUAUGGUGGUGCCGGACUUGCGAGGUGAACCUGGCAAUGUCCAUGUUCAAGGAUUGGUCGAAUUGGCCAGACUCUUCGCCACUUUUGAUGCAUUGUCGGUGCAGCGACGCACCGGAAAGAUUGAUCGUACUACAAUUUCAGCCGAUAGCCUAGCUGAGACUGAAGCUGCGUUGUCGAUGCUCUCGCUCAGAUGUCAUUACGAAGCAUCCUCGCGUGUGGCGGACCACUGCAUCACGAAGGAAUGGAUGCGGACUAUUGUCUGGCAGGAGGCACUAUCGAGGCAAUUGCUUUCCACCUCGGCGUACGCCGAGCUGAUGACGUUCAAGUUCCCGGCGCUUGUCAGUCGCGAUCUUUUGUAUUCGCUGCGGAAGUUCACGGAAUCCGAUUUGCUGCCGUUGGGCCGUGAUCAGGUAAGUUACUGA